CGCGACCAAACCAGUCUUCGAACAUACAGCAAAAGAAACCGUCAGUACUCAGCAGGCUUUAAAAUACAAUAAUCUUAUUAUUCGGUGUUUGCUUUUUAAGCUUUAAGGGGAUCUGACUUUCAUCUUGACUUCAAAAUGAAAUUGGAAAAUGACCUUCAUUCACAUGAAAAUGGAACUGAAGAAAAUGGACAGGAGAAUUCCAGCGUUUUUCACGUUCCUGAACCAGAACACAGACUUCAGUUUACCUACUGCUUAUGGAUUUCUCAUCGACCUGAUGAAAAAUUGGUGACUCUGCAGCCUUAUGAUCAAAACUUAAAAAUGAUUGCAUCGUUUAACUCCGUAGAAAAGUUUUGGAGCAUUUAUGGACACAUUAUAAGACCUUCAGAGAUGGCAGUUCAUAGUGAUUUUCAUCUUUUUAAACAAGGCAUAAAGCCCAUGUGGGAGGAUGAAGCAAAUAUUGCUGGAGGUAAAUGGAUUGUUCGUUUGAGAAAAGGCUUAGCGUCUCGAUAUUGGGAAGAUCUUAUUUUAGCAAUUUUAGGUGAGCAGUUUAUGGUGGGAGAAGAAAUUUGCGGAGCUGUUGUUUCUAUUCGAUUUCAGGAAGACAUAAUAUCCGUUUGGAAUAAAACGGCAAGAGACCAGCAUGCAACCAUUCGUAUCCGUGACACCUUAAAAAGAGUAUUAAAUCUUCCCCCGAACACUGUAGUGGAGUAUAAAACUCACGAUAAUAGUUUAAGAGAUAAGUCCAGUUUUCGUAACACAUAUGUUUUUCUGCACUGA